AUGAAAAAGCUCUUGAUAAUUUUUAUCCUCACAUUUUUGAUUUUCACUGUCGCUGAAGAAUUGAAUUUGAAAAGAAAAGACAAUUCUCUAUUUUCUUUGUCCAGAAAACGAGAUUUUACAUGCUCUCCAUCAGAAACGAAAUGUGGCAACGAUAACUGUUGUUCUUCUUCACAAAAAUGUAUUGAAGGCUUCUUAUGUUGCGAUAAUAAAUUUGUCUGUGGUGAUGACUGUUGUUCUUCUUCACAAACAUGUGUUGGAGGCGCAAUAUGUUGCGAUAAAAACCUUGUCUGUGGUGAUGACUGUUGUUCUUCUUUACAAACAUGUGUUCAAGGCAUAUUACAGAUAUGUUGCGAUAAAAACUUUGUCUGUGGUGAUGACUGUUGUAGUCCAUCACAACAAUGCAAAAAUGACAAUUCUCUACUUUCUUUGUUCAAAAGACAAGAAAAUGAUCCUCCUCCUACAUGCGAUCUACCAGAACCAAGUUGUUAA